AUGCUACGUGUGCUAUUUGUUGGUAUAUUCAUCUUAAGUUGUAUUGUUGAGACUCAAGAUGCUCUGUUGACAGAUGGGAAAUCGUUUCAAGAUAUUAUCGAUGAACAAAUAGGUAAAGCAAUGACGAAAUUAUCAAAGAAAUUGCAGGACAAGUUAGAAGUAUUGAAAGAUAAUAAAUAUGCAAUAAAACUAUGGAAACUCUACAAGAAAUAUUAUCGCAAAAAUUACACAUCACCUAAUGAAGAAAAAGAACGUUUAGGGAAAUUUAUUGAUAAUUUAAAAAUAAUUAUUCAAGAAAAUUUUCGUUUUGACGAAGGAGAGAAAUCAUUUAAAUUACAAUUAAAUCAGUAUGGUGAUAUGAGCUUAGAUGAAUUUCGUAAAACACUAACCGGUUUGAAUGAAGAUGGGCAAGGUGAAAAACCAGCCGGUGAUAAUAUUGAACAGCAAAUGAAUCAACGUAUGCGACGUUUUCUAGUCGAUUCUGUUAAGAAGAAAAUUAAGAAGAAACUUAAAGAAAAAUUUCUUCCCGGUUAUAAAAAGCCAAGUAGUUCAUCGAAAUAUUCUGUACCGGGAUAUUAUCCAUCAGGUACACGCAUAAAUACUGUCACUAAACGACCAGCAAGUCCUGUAGCAGCAAAAGGAACUGUUGAUUAUAGACAAUAUAUGAAUCCAAUUGAAAAUCAAGGUCGCUGUGGAUCAUGUUAUGCAUUUGCUGUUACAGCAGCUGUCGAAGGUACACUUGCAUUCAAGACUGGUUCAAAGAUCAAAUUAUCAAAACAAGAAUUAAUUGAUUGUUCAUCAAAUAAUGGCUGCUCGGGUGGUUAUUUAGGUGCAACAUUAGAGUAUAUCAAACAGCAUCGAGGUCUUUCAUCUGAUUCAUCUUAUCCAUAUAAAACUACACAACAAUCAUGUAAUGCAAGAUCAUCCAAAGUCGGUGCUAUAAGAGGUUACGGAAAUACGAUGCGAGGUGACGAAGAAGGUAUGAAACAAGCUUUAAGUACAUAUGGACCAUUGGCUGCAGCUAUUCAUACAACCACAGAUUUACAAUUUUAUGGUGGAUCUUCAAGUGGACGUGGAGCUGGCAUCAUUGAUAUACCAGCAUGUUCAAAACAAGUCGAUCAUGCUAUUGCUAUUGUUGGAUAUGGAACCGAAAAUGGAAAAGAUUAUUGGCUGGUUCGAAAUUCAUGGGGCGAAAGUUGGGGCUUAAGCGGCUAUUUUAAAAUAGCACGUAAUAAGAAUAGUAUGUGUGGUAUUGGUACAUAUGGUUAUUAUACUAUCGUUUAA